CACACUGGAGCGCAAUCCGCCUCUCUCGGCGCGCGCUUCUUUGGAAAACAAAACAUGUCUUGGCUAAGUGUGGUUCACUACUGCCCCACCAAAAAGGCAGCAAACACCGAUAAACGAUAUCCAAAUCAUCGAGGAGUUUUAAAAGUUAGCACACCGUCAUCUUUGGUAUGAUACGUCUGGCGUGGAGUGUUCGGCGGAUUGCACAGCGCUUCAGAUUGGAUGCUACAAGUUUGAAGUCGAAUCGCGUCUUGGAUGAGAAUACGCCUGGAAAUGGGGGAUCAGCGCCAAGGGUCAUCAGAAUGGAUUUAACCACCAUCACUUCGCCGAAUUCAUCCGCGGAUACUAAUAGCACGUCCGUGCCGAGACCAUCGCCGCAUUCAUAUUGCGUGGCGAUGCUCAUUGUUCUCGUGGUUACCGUGAUCAUCCUGGUAACCAUAGUGGGGAACGUAUUGGUCGUGGUGGCCGUUUUCACCAGCCGCGCGCUGCGUGCGCCACAGAACCUCUUUCUGGUCUCUUUGGCGUCUGCUGAUAUUUUGGUGGCCACUUUGGUCAUUCCGUUCUCCCUGGCCAAUGAGGUGAUGGGCUACUGGUUCUUUGGAAGCACCUGGUGUGCUUUCUACCUCGCUCUGGACGUGCUCUUCUGCACUUCGUCCAUUGUCCACCUCUGCGCCAUAAGUUUGGACCGGUACUGGUCAGUCACCAAAGCGGUCAGCUACAACCUAAAGAGAACCCCGCGGAGAAUAAAGUUCAUGAUCACGGUGGUGUGGAUCAUUUCCGCGGUGAUUUCCUUCCCGCCGCUUCUCAUGACCAAACACGACGAGCUGGAGUGCUUGCUGAACAACGAGACCUGGUACAUUCUUUCCUCCUGCGUGGUGUCCUUCUUUGCCCCUUGUCUCAUCAUGAUUUUGGUGUACUGCAAGAUCUACAGGGUGGCCAAACAGCGCGCGUCCACUGUGUUCGUGGCCAAGAACGGGAUGGAGCGACAACCGUCGCAAUCCGAGACCUGCUUCGUGCGUAAAGGCAAGUCGGAGACGGAGAGCCCCAGUAGCCACAGCUCAGGCAGUCGAGAGCGCAAAGGCGAGCUCGACGACAUCGACCUGGAGGAGAGCAGCGUCUCCAACAGACAGAGGACCUCGCGCUUCGCUAAGAGCAGGAUGGUGGAAGGUGCACACGCGUGCCCAAAGCAAAAUGGACGGCUCUCGUGGGCAUGUAGCCGCGCAUCGGAGCUCGAGCAGGAGCCGACCGCGCGUCAGCUCUAUUUGUCCAAGUCCAAACUGGCCCAGGUGCGAGAGAAGCGCUUUACCUUCGUGCUGGCUGUGGUCAUGGGGGUGUUCGUGCUCUGCUGGUUUCCAUUCUUCUUCACGUACAGCCUGCAUGCAAUAUGUCGAGAAAGUUGCACAAUACCGGAUUCUCUAUUCAAUCUGUUUUUCUGGAUUGGUUACUGCAACAGCUCCGUGAACCCCAUUAUUUAUACAAUUUUCAACAGAGACUUUAGGAAAGCGUUCAAGAAGAUAAUGUGUCAGCAUUCGACACGCACGUAAAUGCACGUGUAUAUGGGUCAGUUAGAUGGGCGAUCUUUUGUAAAUAUAAUUGGCUAUAAUAUCUGCCUUAACGUCUUAAAUUCUUUCCUUCAUCAGUUCCCAAACAAUAUUUUACUGUCAUAUCAUGAAUGGUGAUUCAAGACGUUUUCUAUGGCUGAACAAAACAUGCCCUUUUUUUUUAUAACAAAAACACACAGUAAUAUGCUUUUAUAGUUUUCUUGUCACAUGAAAACAAAAUGGCUUUCUCCUUGUUAGUCACAAUGAUUUUGAUUUGCUGGACUUUCUUUAAAUAUUAAUAAUAUUUAAACCAAAUUGCUUUAUUGCUAGUUUUGUAGUGAAAGAUAUAAUGAAUGCCAGCUUUCCUUUUUUUACAAAAAUUUAAGCCCAGCCACACUACCGUGACAUUUUUUUUCCUCACACAAGGUGACUUUUAGUAAUCAAAAACAUUUCAUCAUAGAAAAAGUGUAUUUAAGUAUAAAUUGCUUUCUUGAUGUAUUUUUGAUGAAGUACCUCAAACAUAUACCCCAUAUAUAUAUAUCGUCUGUGUUGCAAUGUGUUUGAGUUUGUCUGUGCUUUGCAAAUAGUUUUACAGGAUCUCUGGGUCAUUUCUCUUGGUCUUUGUGCACAUAUUUAGGAAUGUAGUGUAUUCAUGUUUGAGAUUUUAACUUACAAUAUGUUUAUUUCCUCCUAAAAAGCACGGGCAGGUGACCAGGUCAAAUGUGAAAACUCCUUUAAAGACCACACAUAAUGUGGCGGUCCACUUGAAUUAUGUAUAAUUCAUACAGCACAACUGGAUCAAAAAAUCUUAGAUAUGACACAGACACUUUUCCUGAAAUUGUCUCAAAGACAUUAAUGUGAGACGUUUUAAUAAAGUUUUUGAACCUG